CUCACAUACAGCAGGCACAUUCGAAGUCAGUGACUUCCACACGGCAUGCGGUGCCCGGUGCUUCCGAAAUCUCUCCUUCGCGUCAUCGAAAUGAAAUUGUUCGUAGGGCAACGACAUUCCCUGGGGAGGGAACGACGGCUCGAAGUCACCCACGACCGGGUCCAGGUUCGGUAUCGGCGCGUCGUCGGGCAGCUCAUCCGUGUAAUGCCACACUCCACCCGGGAUUUCAUCGCGCUCGAAGAUCUUGACAGUGUCGAAGCCCGCUUCGAAAUGUUGUAUGUGGCUGGCGCACCUAACACCCGCCCCGAUGACGGCCACCCUACGGAUUGGCCAUUUGAAUUCGCAGCGACGUGGGUUCCAGCGAGUGAUAUGAGUACGACUGAUGAGAGGACAGAAAGAAUCAUGGCGACUGUUCAGACUGCGUAUAGACCGACUGCGAUCAAAGCUGGGAUCAGCGCUUGCGGACCUGAACUCAGGAGAUAACAAUACCAUAGAGUAGUCAUCAGUCCACAGCGAGCGCAUCUGGAGGGAGGUGCACUCCGUACGUGCAAGGCAUCGCGGUGGACACAAAAUAGGUUUCCGUAGCGUGUUGUUUCAAACUAUUUGGACCAUCAAAGUACUGUGACAAUUGUUUGCAGUAAGCUCAUGAGUUUUGGGCAAGUGAGGAGAUAGACUGGUGAAUUUUAAAUUUCGCACGCAGGUCUAUCUUUCUCGUUUGUCAGCAGGCUGGACUUAUGCGUCUGGAAUCUGGAUGUAAGAUGUGCUUACCUCUACACCCAUACAUAUGGCCUGUGAC